AUGAAGAGCUCGGCUCUUCUAUUGUUGGUCAGCUUUGUUGCUGCAGACAUCUCCCUCGAAACGUUUUCCGACGACGCUUGUGGCAAUGAUGGCGGAUCAUCUGUUACCAACGUCCAUGCCAACAGUGGUAAUGCAGCCGACAGUAGCAACUGCAUUGCAACCAGCCAAUACCAAUCCGUCAACGUCAUCAGUGUUGACCCCGGCUUUCAGUGCAAUCUGUAUUCGGACAACGCUUGCAACAACUUCAUCUCGUCGGUGAAUACUGCCCAGUGCACUCCUGUAAUUGGAAGCGGCGUCGUAUGCUUCAACCAGGCCUUGUUUGACAACCCAUUUGCACAGUCGACGGCCGAAGUCACGGUCGGCACCAACCAGAUACGUCUCAUAUCCGAUCCCUCAGGUUUCCUAUCGGAAGCGGUCAACCAAGCCUGUGGCACCAAUGGAUGUGAUCCGACAAACCAAGCUACCCUGAGCGCGUCAUUUCAAUCUGAUCCUAACUGCCAACCCCUUGUGGCCCCCUGUGACCAAACGACUUGCACCAUUUCCGCGAGCAUGACUGGUAACUAUGACAACACCAAUCAGCGAGACUACAUGGCAUCUUUGCUCCAGCAGAUCUUCGCCAAAUCAUUCGAACCCGUGUCCUUCGGUCAGGUUGUGAUCAACGAUCAGAGCGGCAAUAACCAAGCCGAGAUGGCAUAUACAUUCUCCAUCACUUGCUCUGAGCAAUCAGAUUCUUUCGACUGUGGUGGUUUUCUGGGAACUCUCACCUCGUCCGUCUUAGGAUUGGUUCCCGGCGUGGGCGGCCUUGUUGCCGGGGCAUUUUCCGUCGCAUGCCAAGCGCUUUCUGGAAGCUGA